AUGAAUCCAUUCGAAACAACCAUCUACCGCACGACUGAACAGCCGCCUGCGUCCGAGAUACCCGUUCGUGAAACUCUGAAACAGUUGAACGUGAUUCAGAUCCAUCUGCCUCUUCUCAUUGGUCUACGUGCCACAGAACAACGUAAACUAGAAACCCGUUGCAAACCCAUUCGCGAUCCACAGCUAGGCCAACUUGUAUGA